AUGUCAUCGUCUCCGGAGACCCAAUCUCCGCCGUCGAUCUAUUCACCCGGCGGAGGAAACGGCUUUGAUGAGGAGGGGCUUGCUCUGAGAGAGUGGCGGAGGAGGAGCGCGAUUGAGUUGGGAAAGAAGGAGAAGAAGGAGAAGGAGAGGCUGAAGGAGAUAAUCGAGGUUUGGUGCAUUUGUUGAUAUAUUUACUUGAUUUUCUCUUCAAAUCAGUCCUCAACUGUGUCCUCUACUGUGUCUAAAUGAACAACACAUAGAGAAACCAUACAAAUAAGUAAUGUUUUGAUAGCCCUAAUAAUCGACUACCAAACUAUCUGAUAAGAGAACAUUUGUUUCAAGCCAAUACAAUGUAUUUGCACACUCUUUAGUGAUCGGAGAUCUCCAAAACCACAAGUCAUUGUUAUAACUUCCAGCAUAUAUCAGUGGCUUGGAUUGGUACGAUCCUAGAUUUUCAUCAUUUUUUGGGGUCAAGUCCACAUAUACGAGCAUGUUAUAUGCAGUGUCUGUUUGAGUCUGUCCAAAUGGCUCUCUUGCUUGGAUGGAAUUUGGAGUAUGAUAUGUACUAGUUGGGGACUUUAGAUUGAAUUUCUACACAUUAUACAGAAAAGACGUCAAAUAUAGAUAGUUCCAGAACCAUGUUUGUUCAAGGACGAUGUCCCAUCGAGCAUUCAAAUAAGAAUCUAUUUAAUGGUAAGAAAACAUGGCCUUGAAAUGAAAAUGCAGAUAUUUAGAGAGGGAAGAUGGGGGUUAGAAUAAGUCGGAGGCCAGUCAGAGG